AUGAAAACUCGCGGGUAGAAAUCAGAACCACACUAUGCAUACCAUUACAAGAAAGAUUAAAUAUUGGGAUAGAGCGAAAAGGGCAAGCCACUCUUGUACAAGGUAGUUGAGGAUAUGAAAACCAAUGAUCAUAGAUCCUAAUUGCGAGUUGUUAAACUUGAAUAAUAAGAGAAGUUGAAGGAUGGCAAAGUAGUUUAUAAAGAGUCUGAAGAACUUCUAUUGCCUGUAAAAGAACGCACGUAAAAAUAUUCCAUUUAUUAUAGUAAAGUUGUUGAAGAUGUGGAAGUAAAAUCCACAAAACCAAAUCCAAGAAGUAAGACAGCUGUUACCUUUUUUACUUUCCCCCAGGACACACUUUAAGAUAUUGCUAAAAAUAUUAAAGAGCUUCCCGCCAACACAAAACAAUAAAAAAAAUAAGUGAGCUCAGAGAGUGAAGAUGAAGAAGAAGAUGAAGAGUAAGAAGAAGAGCCACCAAAAAAAUACACCAUGAAAAAGGGCUAAAAGAAACAAGUGGAAAUUUAACAAGACAAAAAGGAAGUGAAAAGUAAGAUACGAAAGUAGCCAUAAAAGGAAGAAAGUGAAGAAGAAGAAGAAGAAGAGGAGGAAGAAGAAGAAGAAGUAGUAGUCAAACCUCCCAAAAAAGAUUCUGUGUAAAAAUUACAUAAAACUAAAAUUGAAAGUCCUAAAAAUCAAAAUGAUGCUAAAAUCAAGAAGAAAAAAGUGUAAAAAUAAUAAAAGCAGCAUCAGGAGCAUGAAAGUGAUUAAGAUGAAGAAGAUGAAGAAGAAGAAUCAUAGGUUGUUGAAGUAGCCAAAAAAAAACAAAAUAAAAAUCCACAAGUAAUCUAAAAGGUUUAGGAUACUUCUUUUAUUAAAAAGGAAGUGAAGUAAAAAGGUAAAUCACAGUCCCAAUAAGAGGAAGACGAUGAAGAUGAAGAAGCAGAAGAAUAAUCUGUAUCCUAAUCAUUUUCUGUUGAUAGCAAACGCAAGAAAGGAGGUAAAACUAGUUCAUCUAAAAAAUAAAAAACUUAAUCUUCAUAACAAAACAAGUUUAUCAAAGGAAAAAUUAAUCCUAGUUACAGAGAGCUAAGGAAUAUUAGUGAUCAAUUAGAAGGAUCAAAUUCGAAAUUCCACGAUUAUACUAGCAUCAUUAUGAACAAUAAAGAAUUGAUUCGAGCUGCUAAAACAGGCAACAAAAAAUUAUUAGAAGAUAUAUUUGCCAAUUCUCUUAGGAUUAGUAAUCUCUUCUAGAGAUGGGGUCCUGAAAAUGAAAUCAAUGCGUUAGAACUGAUUUUUUUAAGAUAAGAUAAGGAAAUGCUCUUGUCAUUCAUUAAAUCUAUGGGUAAAGUUAAAUUAGGAGUGACUCAGAAUUGCUCCUUGAAAGAAGUGAAUACUGGUUACAAUGACUAAUAUGCUUAUGGAACCAGAACUAGAAAAGUUGCUAUGAGUAGAGGUGGUAGAGAAGGCAAUAAUGCAUUUGUUUAUGAUUUAAAUUAAGAUAAUACUUUUGGUCGUUAUCAAAUUGAGAGGUUAAUGAAAAUUGAAACUGAUCCUGAAUUUUUUGGUUUAAUGAUAGCACAAUUGGGAAAUGAGUAUUAAUUUUUUGAGAUGAUAGCAAUUGCAGUCAGAUGUGGUAAUUGGAGAACUGCUGGUUAUUUGGUUUAAAAAGCUUUGGAGAAAGGUCACAUGUAUGGGUUUAAUUAAGUACAUGUUGAUGUUCUCAAUCAUACUAAUGCCAGCCGCAUUGGGAAUAUCAAAAAAGUAUCUGCUACUAAAAAAACAGUUGGAAUGUAUUUGAUAACACCUGUUCAUUGUGCAGCCAUCAAUCCUAAUCAUGCUUGCUUAAAAAGAUUAGUUGAAAUUUCAUAAGAAUUUAAUAUCUUAGAUGAAAUUCACAGAAAACCUGUUCAUUAUGCUGCUGUUUCAUAAACAAGUGAUUGUUUAAAGUAUUUAUUGGAAAACGGAAUUGAUGUUAGAGAAGGAGAUCGAUUAAAGAAUACUCCUCUAAUGCUUGCUGCUUAGUAUGGGAGAACACAUAAUAUUGAACUCUUAGCUUCUAGUAAUAUUGGUGGGAAGAAUAGGGAAGGAAAUGCAGCAAUCCAUUUAGCUUGUUUUGGAGGUCAUGUCGAAACGGUCAAAGCACUCUUGUCGUUUGGAGCAUAGAUUAAUUAGCCUGGUUAAAAUAGAAUGACUCCAUUAAUAAUUGCCAGUGCCUAUGGUCACUAUGAUCUAGUUAAGUACUUGAUUGAUUAAGGAGCUAAAGUGAUUAGCAAGGACAAAUUUGGGAGGUCGGCUUGUGUGAUGGCAGCUAGAAAUGGUAAUGUUAAGAUUUUAUCUCUUCUUCUCUAUCAUGGAGCUGAAUUCAAUAUGCCUGAUUCAUCAAAAAAUACUCCUCUUCAUUAUGCUGCUGCAUACGGAUUUCCUGAGUGCAUUGAAGAAUUGAUGAAGGCUGGAGCAGAUUAGAAUUUGCCAAAUUCAUGGAAAUUGACCCCAUUAUCAGUUGCAUUAUAAAAAAACCAUUUGGGUGUAGUUAAGACUCUAUUAAAUUAUCCAAGCACAGAUGUUAAUUGCAAGGAUGACGAGGGGAGAACCUUAAUUUCUUCUAGUUUAAGCAGAUUCACUGCAGACUCUUUUGAAUAUAUGAAAUACUUGAUUCUUGAGAAAAAUGCGAAUGUGAAAAUAGCUGAUUUACAGGAUAAAACUCCACUUCAUUAUGCUGUAUAGAUUUCAAGGAAAAAUGUUAAGUAGUACUACUUGAAAUGGAAUGAAAUGAUGAAAGCUGAGAGGAGAGACAUUAAAAAUAAUUAUGAAAAACUAUUAGAAAGAUUAAUCGAAUUAUUAAUCAAUGCUGGUUCAGAUGUCAACAUUCCAGAUGCAAAUGGUUAGACUCCAUUUGUAUAAGCAUUAAUGAGCCAGAAUUUUAAAACAGCCGAGCAAUUAAUGAAAAUGGCUACUCCUACAUUUGAUUAUGUUGACACAAAGGAUAGAAACAUUUUGCAUAAAUUGAUUGAAUGUAAGUUAUUUUUGACUCCAAAAGGAAAUAGUAUAUUAGAAAACAUAAUAGCAACUGUUGAUUAAUCAUAUAUUAAUUAAUACGAUGAAAAUGGUUGGAAUCCCUUAUUAUAUUUGAUCUCUGAAUAUACAAAGUCAGCUGAAUAAUAACAUGAUAGGAUUUACAAAAAGAAGGUUAAGCUGUUAUAAGUACAGAUGUUUGAGAAGAAGGUGUCAGAGUUGCCUCCAGAAAAAGAUAGCAUCAAUGAGGAACAGAAAAAUAAUGAUGAUGAAGACGAAGAAAGAAAUUUGAGUAAAGCAGUAGACGAUGAUGAAGAUAGUAAUUUGAGUCGCAGUGAAGAGGAGGAUGAAGAUGAUGAAGAAGAGGAAGUGCAUUAUAAAAAAAGGAAGGCUGGAUUUAAAAAUCCAUCAUUCAUUCCAAAUACAGCAUAAAUCAAAACAUACAAUGGAAUCAAAACAGGUAUUAAGUCAUAAUCAAAUAUGUUUCAGAAAUAGAAUGUAAUUGCUCAGAAUUAAUUAUAAUAACUUGGAUUUUCAAAUGGAGUGGAUUAAGAUGUCCAUCAUCAAGUAACAUUUUAUUAUAAAAAUAAACCCAUUAUUAUAAAUUUGUCUAAAGAAUAGGUGAGUACUUUGUAGAAAGAAGCUCUCUAAGAUUCAUUUUUAUUAUAGGAUGCAGUUCUAAAACUAUUUUAGUAAUUAAUUAAUUUUGGAGCUAAACCUGACAGUGUUAUCAUAAAAAGAAAGAAAUUCAGACAGCCAGACUAAUCUGAGUAAGAUAAGAAAGAGGAUCCUUAUAUAAGUGAAGGUAAUUACACCAUAGCUCACUUUUUAUUUAAGUCAUUCCAUAGUGUGUCUUUUCUGGAAGGGAUAUAAAAGAUUUGCAAUAUCUCAUUGAAAGAAGCAACUCACAAUAACAUAUACCCAAUUCACUUAUUGGCUGGCACUUGCAAUCUAUAUUCUAUUUGUGGUAGAGAAUAAGAAAAUAGUGGAAAGUUCUUAAAAUAUUGUCUCAAGAAUAUCGAUAUCAAGGUUAAGGAUUUCAAUUAGAAUACACCAACCAGUAUUAUAGCCUCUCGUUACAAUGAGGGUUUGAAAUGGUUUAUCGAAACAUUAUUAAAAAUGGGGGGCUCCAUUGAUAACUUAAACAACUUUAAUGAAGUCCCUCUUUAGAAGUGGGUUAAAGCUAAUAAUAUUAAAGUUGUUGAAUUGUUUUUGACUGAAUAUAAGGCUGAUCCAAAUUUUAGAGAUAAACAUAAUCGUACUGCAUUACAUCAUGCCAUCAACUCCUCUAAUUCCUAAGCUGAUGCUAGUUUUGAAAUGGAACAUCUAUUAAUUAUAAACGGUGCUAAUACCAGUCUCAAGGACUAUUUAAACAGAACUCCUCUGUUUUAUGCUUUCACAAAAAUUAAUAAAUUUAAUGACUUCUCUGAAAUCGACCCUUUCGAGACAGUCUCUUCCAUAUUAGCAGAUAAGAAUUGCUCUGUUAAUUGUUUGGAUAUUUACAAUCGAUCUCCUCUCCAUUAUGCUGCCUUAAGAGGUAGUGUUAUAUCUGGUAGAUACAUGAUCAAAAUGAAUGCUAUCGUAGAUGAUAUUGAUAAAUAUGGUAAUAGUCCCUUGGGGCUGGCAUUCAUAAGUGGUCAUUCUAAUUUCUGUACUAUGCUCAUUGACAACAAGGCAAACGUGAAUCGCAAUGCAAUUGUGAUUGACAUAGAGAAGAUAAAACAAGAAGAGAAAGCUUAGAGGUAGCAGAGAAGAGAAAAAGGAGAAGAAAUUCAGACUGAAGAUGAAUUUGAUUCAAAUCAAGCAGAGGAUGAAAAUGAAUAUAAUCAAUAAGGAAACUCUUUGUUUUUUGGUAACAAAGUUGCAAAGGCUGUUAGGAAAGUACCUACUAGGAAUGUAUUUGGAUAGAAUAAUUAUUAUCCUUAACCAACUAAGUUCCUUCCUGGGACUUAUUCUUAUUUCAAAUUAGCCAUUAAAUAAGGAUGGCAAGGUGUUGCAUACUUAUUGAUAAGCGAUGGAUAUGAUCUACAAAGAGCCAUAGAGGAUGCCAUGAUGGAGGAUCAAUUCAAAUUAGUUAGAACAUUGCUCUUGAAAGUCAAAGAUGAUGAAGUUAUUCAAAAGUAUAAUCAAAAUAAUUAAAAUCUAUUCCACAUAUUUGCAAUCAAAGGGAGAAAUUGCAAUGAAGACAUGGCAAUUUUAAUUGCAGAAGAAUUAUCAAGAAGAGGAGUCGAUAGGACUGCAAACGAUUAUCAAAUGAAUACUCCAUUGCAUUAUGCAUGCAAAAACUUUUUUCAUUAAAUGAUUAAAUAUUUCUUAAAUAGAAAAGGUAAUCCUAACGCUUUUAACUCCGAAUAAAAUACCCCGUUUUCAAUUAGACUACAAAGUAAUUACAGAGUAUUUGCAGAUCCUGUAGAAUUAGGGUUGUGGACAAGCAGCAACGUUAAUUUUAAUGUGAAAUUCAAAGUGAAUAAGAAAGACUAUUGUCUGACUCCUUUGUUAUACUUAAUAUAGGAAUUCCAUGAAGAAGAUGAAAUCAUUCUAUCUAAAUUUGUUGAUGCUGGAUGCGACAUAAAUGAGAAAACUGAAAAAGGAGAAACCUCCUUAAUUCUGGCCAUCAAAAAUAACUCUUUGAAAUUGGUUAAUUUCAUUCUCCAUCAUCCUAAAUUUAAAAAAGAAGCUCACUUACAAGAUUCAAAUAAAAGAUCUCCCAUCCAUCAUGUUGUAUAGCCAUUAGAAUUUGGUUCCUAUGAAAAUACAGAGAUGCUAGAAUUGUUGGCAAGCAUAUUUGAUGUCAAUCUAAUUGAUGACAAAGGAAAAACUGCCUUAGACUAUGCUGUUGAUUAGGAUUCUGGUGUUAUGGCGAGAGUACUCAAAAAUCUUAAAGCCAUAAAAAAUAUCAAAUCUAAAUAGCCCAGAUUACCAACUAGUGUAAUCUCUUAAGCCUAAUGGGUGGAAGAGGAAAUAGAUGUUGAGGCAGAUGCUUAAAAGUUUUUAGAUUUGAAUGGAGAAUAAUUGGAGGAGUCUAAACAGGAUUAUAAAAAUCAAGUUGAUCAAUAUGCAAUUCUUACUGGCAAGCUUGAGGUUUUAGUUGACAAGGACAUAGGCCCAUAUUUUUUGUUGAUGACCAAAGUAGACAUUGGCAAUGGAAGGUAUUCAGAAAAUGUGUUUUAUAAAAUGUAAGUCUUGCAUGAAAUCAAUCGGAAUGUUUUUAUCCUAUUUACGAGAUGGGGCAGAAUUGGCACCCGAGGAUAACAUCAAUAAACUCCUUUUGAGAGUUCUGAAGAGGCCAUUAAGGAAUUUAAUAAGAUCUUUUACACUAAAACAGGAGGCAAUGAUUGGAGAAAGGUUAAGUCUGGCGAAGAAGAGUUUGUCAAAAAACCUGGCAAGUAUUAGUUAAUGAAUGUGAAACAGAACAAGAAUUACAAAACACUGUUAAGUCCUUUCGACUUCAGUAAAAAUUCCCCUUAUCCACCCUCUACAUUAGAUAACACUAUAAAGAGAUUUAUAUUGUAGUUUAUCUAAGUAAAACUAUACUAGAAAGAUUUGUAAUAAUUCCAUGUAGACAUGGACUUUUUACCUAUUGAAAGAUUGGAUAGAAAAUAAUUAGAAGUAGCCAAGGCCAUUCUUAAUGAAUUAACAGAUAGUGUGACAGAACUAAUUGAGCUUAGAUAGAAAGGAGAUUUAGAUAUUAAGAAGAUAUCUGGUAUAUCAUCUGAAAUAGCUGAUAAAUCUAGUAGAUUUUAUGAAUUGAUUCCUAUGAUUGAAUUGAGAACAGAACCUCUCCCUCCAUUAGAUUCAAUUGAAGCUAUUAAUCAAAAGUUAUUGCUCAUUGAAACUUUACUCAAUUUUGAAAUCACUUCCAAGAUUUUAUUGGGAGCUCAUUUGAUGAAAUAAUCCUUGAAUCCACUUACUUAUUGUUUCAAUGCCCUUAAUGUUAGGGUCAUUACUCUCCAUCGCGAACAUCCAGAAUUCCAAUUAAUUCAGUAAUAUAUUAAUCAAUCAGCAACUCCUAAAAUAUCCAACAUAUUUGCCAUCGAGAGAAGAGGAGAAGCUGAAAGAUUUGAAAGCAAUAAAUAGUACAAUAGAUUAUUACUUUGGCAUGGUUCUAAAAUCUCCAACUUCAUGGGUAUUUUGGCCCAAGGACUAAAAGGUAAAAAUAAAUGAUUAUUUUAAGUUGCACCACCUUGGGCACUCAACACAGGGGCUAUGUUUGGAAAGGGAAUCUAUUUCGCCGAUAUGUUCCAAAAGUCCUUUGCAUACACAGAUGAUUGGUCACUACAUUACAAUCCUUUUAGAGGUCUCUUUUAGGAAGGAGGACGUUGGAACAAAUAAUAGCAAGUAAUUUAGGAUGAACAAGAUGACAUCCAAAGAUAUAGAUAUAUGUUACUUUGCGAAGUAGCAGUUGGAAAAUCUUAAGAACUUUAUCAAGCAGAUUUUGUUCAAAAUUUACCCAGUAUUUUUAAUUAAUAUUUUUAGAGCAAUACCAAUCUGUCAAGGGAUGUGGAAAGAGAGGUCCUGAUUAUAAAUAAUCUGUUAUUUUAUCUAAUGGGUGCAAAGUCCCUGUUGGAUAGUGCAUUGAAUAUCCAGAACCUAAAAAAAAGGACAAGGAGGGCAAUCCUAUUCAUUAUUAUCUACAACACAAUGAAUAUAUAGUAUAUGAAGAAACCAAGGUUAAAUUUAGAUAUAUGGUCUAAUUGGAUACCAAAGAUACAAUUGAUAAAUAUUGA